UCAGCUGACGAAGGACUCGAAUCCAGCCAGCGUGUAUGGGAUCGAGUGCAUGCGCACAGGGACCAAGUUCGUGCACGAGAAAGAACGGGAGAAAGAGGGAGAGGGAGAAUCAUGUAGUGUCGACCUGAACUGCACGUUCCUCCUGCAGUAGCAUCUGCUCCCGUUCCCGUCAUGCGCCAUCGUCACGCCAGCAUACCUCGCCAGUCAUCUCGCCGACAUCGCCAUGCGGUGCUCCGAGCUUUUCGUGAAACGGAAGGUCGUCGCGUCAGCCGUACACCGCAGCAGAAAUGGCACUUCCUGACUCGCAUCGGCAGAGACACGAAGGCUCUCAUUGGCCAUGUCUCUUGUUGGCAACUUGUCUGACGUGCCGCCCUUCCGACGAAGGACCUUGGGAAUUCUUUGCGCAAAAGCGCAAGAAUCGGCCGGCGAGAUGGUCCAUCACCACCACCCCCUCGAACCGCCCAAACCACUCCCCCCCUCCCUCCUGUAACGAGAUUAGAGUAAAACGUGCCGGUCGAAUGACUCUUCAGCGUUUGCAGGUCUUACUAAGAAUGUGACUUCCAAGUUGAAAGCUCUACCAACUCGCCGCUACGAGUGCAGACCGUCUCGAAUCGUAGGCGUGCCGCGCCAGCCUCUUAGUCCGCACCCGUCUUCAGUCCCGCCCGCCACUUCAAUCACUGCGAGGAACGUUCGCCUCUGCUUGACUGCCUAGACUGCCUCAGUUCGUCUAGACUGCCUACCUGCCUGCCGUCCUUCUUUCAUAUAAUUCGAUUCGAGUCAUGGGAAUGUGCCAGCCUGCCGUCCUUCCUUCAAGAGCUGGAGUCAUGGGAAACCGUCGUGGCUGCUCCUUCCCUGUGCCGCCGUCACUGUCGCUCCUGCUGCUCCUGGCUGCAGCGUGGCUGGUGCUUCUCCUGCUCCUGCCGUCCCCUGCUGUCGCCGCUCGCAUCGACGACGCCCAAGCGGCGGUGCUGGUGGAGUGCGCAGCAGCAUGGGGCCGCACGUUCAGUGGGUGGCAGGUGGGGGGUGAGUGCAGCACGGCGCAGUUCAUCUCCUGCGACGGCGCGGGGCUCGUCACCGCCAUGUGGUUGGACGGCAGAGGUCUAGUCGGCUCCAUCCCAACAGCCCUUGGCACUCUCACCUCUCUCACCGCUCUCCAGCAGCUUCAAGAAGGUAGGGACCUCGGCGCAGGGGCAGCCGUAUGUCUCGACUGCAAGUGGGAAAAAUCCGACAUACGGAGCCCGAUUUCGGUAAUGGGAGAUUUUCUUGUCAGCUUGCUCCCGGGCCAUGUAUCCGCGUCCUUUUCUUGCGUCCGGGUCCCGGCUGCUGAUGGGAUCUGUGACAGUGACGUCACAGAUCCAGACGGCUCCGGAACUGCGGUCUCGGAGGGCGAGGUCGGCCUUGUUGCCGUCUACGGGGCUGUAGAUGGUGGUCUCCUUGGUGACUAUAAAGUCAGCAUCUCGGGCCAUCCGUAUGCUCUCGUCCCGCAGGGCAUUAUGGGUGUCAGUCCGUCCGUGCCCGGUGCCACACCGGAGCAGGUAUGCAAGUGGGUGGGGCUGGUGAAAGGUGGCGUGAGGUGCCGGACAGCGUCAGCCAGGGGCCCUCCUGACGCUGCUGGGAGGGCAGCCAAGAGGCCCUGGGCUUGGGUGAGGCUGCUGCCGAGUACGCGGACGCCUUCUGUGUUGAAAGGUAUGCCUGGGGGAAGGCGGUCAGGUGCAGGGUGCUCGGCUGACCACGCCGCGCAUUUCGCGGGGUUGUGGGAGAGACCGAUGCGGUCCAUGGCCGCUGUGAAAUUGAGGAACGCCGAGGUGCAGGCGUCCGGAUCGCCGACGAAGGUGAUGUCGUCGGCGUACGCGAGGCAGAGGACCUCGGGUGCGGCGCGCCUCCUCGGGAUGGAGCGACCAGCGCGGGAGCGUUCUGCCGAUUUGGAGAGUACUGGGGACAGCGAGUCCCCCCAAGGUCGGGCGAGUCCUCCAGCGUCGUCGGACCGAGAUUGGGAGCGCGGGCGCCUCGUCCCCUCGACGGCUCGCCAACAGACUCCCGAGCGGAUGCGGGGGCAGUCGCGGGGCAGGACUGCCGCGCCCCAGAGACACGAGGAGAAAUCCCCUGAGCGCGCCGUGGAAAUUGGACGUGAACCAGUGGCGCGUGGCGAGCGGAAUAAGUGGUUGGGGAGCCGUGGGUCCGGGAUCUCGGUCUUCUUGGCGCAAUUGCACACUUUUGGCGUGGGGAAAGGGAGGCCCAGGCGGAAGGCGAGGGCUAUGGCGAAGUGAGGAGGUGCCAGCCUGAGUGAUGGGAAGAGGGGGACUGCGAGGAGCCAGUCCCCUGCUCCGUACCCUGUGAGGGAGAGGAGCCGCUGCGUGUGACCGCUGAGGGGGUUUAGCUCCAUGUGCCUGGUCGAUUCUAGCUGCUCGGCGAACCGGGCAGCGUGGACCUCUAGGGCGAGGCGGUGCUGGAGCGGAGCUUCGGAUGGUUCCGAGGGCUCGGCGCGCAGGAGUUCCCGGGCGAUGGCAGGCCCUCAGGAGGGUGAGGUAGAGUUGCUGCCCCCACUGGGACCACUCCUGUGCUGGGAGCAGGUUCAGCGGCGUCGUGCGGGUCAGGUAGGAGACCCGACGAGAGACGCAGCGGUGGAGGAGGAGGCUGGCGGCCUGGGGGUCCAUGGCUGCCAGGGUUGGCAGUGGCUUGGCCAUUGCGGCCAGUUGCUCACGCAGGAAGCUGGCUGCUGCAUCUGGGGGACCGAUAUGGCUGCCCAGGAUC